UUUCUGCUGCUGUGUUUCCUGGAAGGAGGAGCCUCACACCGAGGAGGGAACGCAGAGCGCUGUCACCGCCGCCCGCUACCGGCUAACGGCAAAACCGGGUUUCCGUGCCAUUACUGGAGAGCGAACCGGUCGAACUAAAUGCCUCUAUGAUCCACCUGACCUUACAACAACACUCACAGCGUUCAGUUCAGAGGUGAGACAUGGCUGAACAGAACUCCGCUCGCCCCCAAAGGAAGAUGUCCACCUCUGGGGAGAGCAUCUACAAGGUUCUGGGGCUGGAGAAGGGAGCUUCAGCAGAGGACAUCAAGAAGGCCUACAGAAAACUGGCGCUGAGGUACCACCCAGACAAAAACCCGGACAACCCAGAAGCAGCGGAGAAGUUCAAGGAGAUCAACAACGCCAACUCCAUUUUAAACGACGAGAACAAGAGAAGAGUCUACGACGAGUACGGCUCCAUGGGGCUCUACGUGUCCGAGCAGUUCGGAGAAGAGAGUGUCAAAUACUACUUCCUCAUGUCCAAAUGGUGGUUUAAGAGCCUGGUUCUGUGCUGCACCGUCUUCAGCUGCUGCUGCUGCUGCUGCUGCUGCUGUUUCUGCUGCGGGAAGUGCAAACCCGCCGACGACGAGGAGAACUACCAGUACGUGGAUCCCGAAGACCUGGAGGCCCAGAUCAAGGCAGAGCAGGACGGAGGUACUCCUGUAAUCAUAAUCCAGCCUGCAUCCAAUCUGGGUCCUGAGACCCCAGAGGACCAGGGUAGGCCCAUCCCCCUGCCCAUGCCUGCACCUGAGCCCCCGCAGCAGGGGGGGAGGAGUCCGGGGGGGACCACGGCGGAGUUAGACUGAGUCGAGGAAAAUGACGCCACCGAUCCGCCUCAACAGACAUCUGCAGGCAGCCCACCAACCCCCCCACCCUCAGAGAAAAACCAGCCCAAAAUCACCAGCUCACAUCCCCCCUCCCACCUAAAGAACACCUGCAAAGGUGCGCCAAAUGACUCCUCCCCUUUCCAAAGGACGCCCCCCCACGACCACACAGCUUCAGCCCCAACACCCCCGCCCCCCUUCCAGCCUUUCCCCGGGGGCUGGACGAAGCCUGACCAGCUGUGCUGUGGGCGUGGCCUAAUCUGCUCUGUCAUACCGGUCCGACGGGUCUUCCAGCAGGUAGGAGGGGGCAAAGCCACCAAGGAUGACAUCAUCCAAACAAAGACUGGAUCUGCCCCCCCCCCCCCCCCAUCAGAGGAUCUGCAGCUUUCAUGGGUCUGAGGUUCCCCGCCCGACGCCAAAGGUUCUGCUUCUCUGAAAAGGGCGGGAAGCUUCUGGGUUCUGAUCCAACUGUUUGCAAUCGCAUGCCCCCCCCCAACCCCGAGCACUUCCACACCAAACCGCCAUUUGUCUUUCUGGGGUUGAAAAUGAACUCAGUACCUGUUAUAAUCUGAGGGAUUAAGCGGUAAUCUAUGCCAGAUUAUUACUGAGGCUGCAGCCCCCAUGCCCUGCCCAAAGGCCGCAGCAGCUUCAGGGGAACCGCCUACUGCCAGCAGCAUGAGCUGGGUUCUGGUGGUCCGUCUGGGUCAGAGUUCCACUGGCGCCCAAACGUCUGCCGCUUCUGGCCGCCAGAACAUUUGAAGAUUGCGCUGCAGAGAAGGCGAUGGUUAGAACGCCGCUAGAAGGAUCAACUUUAGCUAGCAGAACCAGCCUCCCAACAGAACCAAGAGGAAGAACCGCAGACGUUCUGGUCCGUUUAGGCUGGGUGCUGGAAGAAGACCGGGUUGUGGAUCAUCUGGACGGUGGCUGAUCAGGAUCAGAACCGCCGAUUAGUCUAGAGUUUAAUGUUCGUCUUUAGUUUUAACAAGGGGGGGGGCGCAGACGGUCCAUCCUGUCUGCGCAGAUCCUGAUAUUUGCUGCUCAGAUGAUGAACAACACGGUUCUCCAUACGGCGCCGCACGGAGCCGCCAACCGAGCGUUUCCUCGACAUGGGGUGUGGGGGGGGCCGUAGAUCGGACCGUAUUUAUUUUUAUGAAUUGUUGAUCAAAUGCUUCACGUUUAUGUCGUUUGUUCUAAUCGGUUUAUUUUUUUAUUUAUGUCAGUUAACCUGGGAUGGGGGGGCUCGUUUAAAUGCUGACUCAGCUCUGCAUGUGCACGGCGCUCAGGUUGGGACUGCAAUCAAAGAUGGAGGGGCGCAUGACUGUUUCAGGACCCCCCCCCCCCCCCCCCCCUUCACAGUCAGUUGAUCGGGGGAGGGGGGUCCUGCUGUGGACGACGUGUAAACGAGAACCAAAUAAAGAGGUGAUUUUCUACUUGA